AUGCGGCGUGUAUCUAUGCUGGUCCUUCUUGUGGGCUUCGUUAGAUAUACUUUUGCUGGCAUCCACCAUGAUGCGCAUGGCUAUCGCCAUCGCCACUUGAUGCAGCCUACCGAAGAACUGGAGCCGCGAAAUCCAGCAUGGGAUAAUGUGAAUAACACCCCAGAUGAUUUUGUGGUGGAGUCCAUUACGCUCACGACCACAACAACUGUUUUUGGAAACUGCGCGCCAACCAAUAUUAUUCACAGCACGCUAACGCUUGUCAAACAUAGGCCUCAGCCUACACCGUGUAGGCAUGGUCAUGCCGAGCCAUAUCAGGAUCACUGGGAUCAACGUGAACCGCAGCUUGAUGCUGUUUUCCCUGUGCCGACAAACACGAGGCCAGUUCGACCUCAAUUCACUCAGGCCGAGACUUGGGCUUUCAGGCCAACAGACCUGGAAGGGACUAUUACCAUAGUAAAGACACAAACGAUCACCAAAACUGCAACAAACACCGUAAGGGUUACCGUGUACCCAGGGGCUACAGCUGUGCCACUGGCAAACACAUUCCCUGGGAUUCACCCCAAAACAGAAAAAGCUGUCGCUCUUGCAAACACUCUGCCGAAGGGGACUUUAAAAGAAGAAAAAGCCGUCCCAGCAGAACACCCACAUGCUCCACUUCACAAAAGCAACGACAACCCAAUCAACGCCAUACUCCAUCUGCCGGGCGAGUUCCUCCCUGAUCUCCCUCUCCCUCUAGUCAACCAGAUCCUCCCAGGCCCAAGCUCAGACAAGCCCACAUCAUUGGACUGGACUGCUACACCACCAGGGGGGCAAUUUUCGAGAAAGGGAUUUGGGGGACGUACUCCAUCAAGAGGGAAAGGGACGCAGAUCCACUACAUGGGCAAUAUCGGCAUGCCUUGGGGAAGCAAUAUCAUCACUGUCAGCCCGAUCGAGGCCCAUACCUACAAAUACGUGGUACAGUUCACGGGCUCAAAGUAUGAGCCUUGGACGCUUGUUGUGUGGAACAAGUUCGGGCCUGACGGCAUGAUGACCGGAUGGUACGGCCACUCUGCUCUGACAUUCACUCUUGCACCUGGUGAAACUCGCUAUGUUGCUUUUGACGAGGACUCUGAGGGAGCCUGGGGUGCUGCGCCUGGCGAUCACUUACCCACCGACCGGUGGGGUGGAUACUCCUGUACCUGGGGCGAAUUCACAUUUGGUGAUGGGGAGAAUAACGGCUGGUCGGGAUGGGAUGUUUCGGCUAUUCAGGCGCAGAUUGCGGAUCAGCCUGUGCAGGGCAUGUCUAUUUGUCAGGCUGACGGGAAGAAAUGUUCUAUCAUCACGCCGGGCGCCAAGCAGGUGGUUAAUUCUUAUGUGUACUCGAAAAAGCACUUGAAUGGCAUUGGUGGUGAGGCCGCCCCUGGUCCUGUGCGACUGAACGUCUUGCUUGAUUAUCAGGGAUAA